AUGAACGUAAACAGCGAUUGUUUGGAUGAUUCAGUGGUAGAAGAAAAUCUAUCACAAGAAUUUUUGAAUGGAAAUGGAGCAGAAAUGCCAAACGGGAAAAGAAGGCGUUCUGAUACAGCUAAUCGUGGAUCCUUAGAUCUUAUUUCUGGUCCAAGGCUAAGUACAAACGACAACCAUACCAAUGGUGAAGCGGAUGAUUCAGUUGAUAAGACAUCAGGAAUACUUUCCAGCAAACAUAACAUUGAAAAGAAAUUGGCCAUCUUGAAAGAGAAAAAGUCUCAAGGUAAAUUGAAUUUUUCGCGAAAAACUGGACCCUCCUGGUCCAAAUGGUGGGGAAAUUUCGAAGAAAUUUUUGACGGAGACUCUAAAGAAGAAUUCGUGAGAUGCAAAUUGUGCAAAGGUUAUGAGUACAAACCUGGCACAAAUACCAACUCAAUUAUGCGCCAUAAGUGUCACCCUUCUCAGCGUAAACCUGUCCAUAUUACAACGGAAAUGAUAUCGAAAUUGAAAACAGCUUCUGCAUGUUUCGUUUCAAAGGAUUUAAGGCCUUUCAAAGCUAUUGAGUGCGAAGGUUUUUUGGAUAUUUGCACUGCGUGUAUGCAUUUUGGCCAGAAAUACAAAAGUGCUACACGUAGAGAUCUCGAAGACGCAAUGCCAUCUCGCAAUACUGUGCGAAAUGCAGUGGCUGAAAUAGCCAAAUCAAAUCGCAACAAAAUCAAAGAUGUGCUCUGGGCAGCAAUCGAAACAGGAGGAGUUGCUGCAACCACGGAUUGCUGGCAAGACGAUUUUCGCAAACGUCAUUACAUCUGCGUCGUCGUACAUUUAACUACUGACAAUCCAAAGAAAGAAAUUACGCGUUCCCGUUAUGUACUGGCUACUAGAGAAAUUCCUGAAUUGUGUAAGACAGGCAAAGUCCUAAUUGAUCAUAUCAUUGCUGUGUUUGGAGAAUACGGCUUUUCUGAAGAAGAGGUUAAAAUGCACUUUACGUUUGUAAGUGAUCACGGAGCUGACAUAAAGUCUGGCUUGUUGAACAAUGGCUUUAAAAGAUUGACAUGCUACGCCCAUAUAAUCCACAACCUGGUGUCAAAAAUGCUGUCAGAGGAAACAGUGAAAGGUGUUGUGGAUAAUUGUUCGAAAUUGUCAACAUAUGUAAAGAAUGCUGGUUUGAAUCAACAUUUGCCGAAAUCACUCAAAAAACAUAUAAGCACCAG